AUGUUGUCUGGCACACGCGUCUCGACCAGUGCUGAGAAUGCAGUGGCUUACAUCAAUGGACGUGUUUACACGGUCGACAAGUCUAGUCCGUGGGCAGAAGGAUUCAUUGUAACCCCAGAUGGCAAGUUCGGUACCAUAGGGAGCACUACUCAAAUACACGAGAUCGCAACAGCCGCCGGCAUGGUCGUGUAUGAUCUGCGUCAAGCGUUUGUGAUGCCAGGAAUACACGACGCACAUGUGCACGCUCUGCACGCCGGCGCCCAGAUGCUGAGCUGGGCAGAGCUGCCCGCAGGUACCGCAUUAGAUCAAGCCCCCAAACGCUUGGCCGAGUGCGCCUGUGCCUGCCAGUUCCAACAUGCAUACCAGGACUGGAUCGUUGGUGCUGUGUGGAACUUUGACCACUUUGACCGGAGUGCUCUUGAUGAAGACUUUGGCGAUCGCCCUGUCCUACUUCAUGGAUAUGGCUAUCACCACCAUUUCGCCAAUACAGCCGCACUCGAGCGCGCCGGAUAUGACAUUACAGAGGAGCCAGUCCCCAGCCACGGCGAGCUGCCACGGAGACCCGACGGAAGCUUGACGGGUGAGCUCAGGGGGCAGGCCGCCAAUCGUGCCGCAGCUGCAGUACCCGUUCCACCGAUCGCUCAUGUCAAGCGUGCCUUGCAGCGGGCCGCAAAAGAAUUGCACCGCAAUGGCGUCACGAGCUGUCAAGAAGCUUCUGCCUCCAAAGUCAUGCUCGAGGCGCUCGGCGAGCUCGACACCGAGGGCAAGCUCAAGAUGCACUUUACCACCCAUAUCUUGUAUAAGAACGAGUGGCUUUCUGGAGAAGUCCUGUCGCCCCCGGACAGGCUCAUCAUGGAUGCCGAGAAGUACGAAACCCAACACGUCCAUACUGGCUUUGUCAAGUUGAUGAUGGACGGCGUGCCCGCGCCGCCGGUGUUUAGCCAUGCUGGCCUGGACGAGAACGGCAAGCCUGACAUGUCUAAAAUUCUCCUGCCUGAAAUCAACGAGGUUCUAUCUAAGUUUGAUGCCAGGGGCCUGACCUGUAAAGUUCAUGCCAUGGGGCUUGGAGGGUCGACUAUGACCCUGGAUGCAUUUGAACAGGUGCGGCGAAAGAAUCCAGAUGGGCCGCGGCAUGAGAUCGCGCACUGUAGCAAUGUUCUACCAGACGAUUUUGCACGAUUCAACAAGCUGAACAUCACGGCAGAGAUGUCUCCCGCAGGGUUCUUUGACUAUGCGAAGAGCGGCUUAGAUAUGCCAUUGAUUAAUUGGGACUUUGAGCGUAUGGUUGAGGCAAAGAACCACGUCACAAUUGGAUCCGAUUGGGUGUACGGCAUGCCGUUACCCCUACUUCCCGCGGUGGAUAUCGUUGCGAGAAAGGUUGGCGCAAAGAAGACGUUGGAGAUGAUCACGUUGGAAGGCGCCAGAGCGACGAAUCGAGAGCAGGAUUCGGGCUCUAUUGAAACUGGCAAGGUAGCUAGUUUUAUCAUUAUCGACAGGGACCUCAGUGAAGGCGGCUUUGACAAGGCCCAGGUGCUUAAGACAUGGUUUGAAGGAGAGUUGGUGUAUGAGAACGAAGAAUGUCCAUGUUAA